AUGCCCCUUCCGACAAUUCAAAGUUUCAAAGCGGCUUCAUCCACAGGUGGUGCGGCAAAAGAAUGCAAGCGCAUUCGAUGGGCUGAUGAAAGCGGUGAGGAGCUUAUUAAGGUAAAACUUAUCGAGUCUUGGCGAGACCUUGUGCCAUACGACCCGCGUCACGAUGACCAGUCCUUCAAAGAUGCCAAGCUUCGUGAGCACGCCAACGAACGGCAUGCGCUGCUCGCACAGCAUCACAAGGUGCCCCCUGCUGUGGUAGCUUCUCAGUCGCGCGAAUGGACGACGCCACCGUUCCUUCGACUGCCGGAAGAAAUGGCAGGACGUGUGGACGGCAAGACUGUCACCGAUGAGAUGCACGUCCAAGAUAGUCGUCGUCGCCAUGUGGACGAGUAUGAAGUUCUCGCGGGUGAGAUGUCUAUUCCAAGUCCUAAGGAGUGGGAACGCGGUAAUGAACCUCACCGCGGACCACCACUAGAGAUCCCGUUGAGUGACGUGGUCGAAACCGAUCCUAGCAACCAGCCUCCAACGGGGUCUGCUCCUUUGAUGGCUGCUCCGCCAACCUCAUCAUCCGCUAUCUAUUCUCGAGAGGGAUAUUCUUCUGGAGGGUACGUCCAGGCAUCAUCAGGUUAUGAUCAACGAGGGGGUUUCAACAAUCGUAGUGAGUACAAUGGUCGUGAAGAUCAUGAGUCAGACCGUGAGCUACGUGAGGCUUUGGGUCCGUUGCAAGAGAACACGGUCUCACUUUUGCUAGACAGUCCGGAUGUGGUACCGCAGGUACUUGAGGAGGCGCAGCGCAAUGGCAAUCGUAUUUCAGAUGCGCGUGUGUUUGAAAUUGUGGAUCAGUAUCGUCGUGGACGCUAUCACGCGCCACCUAAUGCUGGUGGUCAGCAACCUGCGUAUAGUCCUUAUGGUAGUCAACAACAGCAGCAGCAGCAGCACUUUGGCAAUAUGGGCCCUAAUGCUGGUUAUGGCCAUCAGUAUCAGCCGCAACAGUACCCGCCUCAGCAAGGUCCGCCUGGUGGGCCCUUUAUACCUGGAAAGCGGAAAGCAGAUGCCAUGGGUGUGCUUAUGCAAGACGCAUCGCAGCCACCCAAGCGGUUAACAAAGAAGAACCGGGGCAUGCAGCCGUGCAGGUUUUUUGGUUCGCCACUUGGUUGUAAGCAUGGUGGAAACUGCCACUACGCGCAUGUUCAACCAGCAUCGGCUAACGGUUCUGAGUUUAUUUAUAACAAUAAUAAUCGCCCCAUGAUGGGAGGACAAGGUGGCAUUCCCAUGGAGCGAUAUGGCUCCGUUGGCAUGAUGCACGGAGGUCCUGGCCAUCAUGUACGUGGAGGACGGUGA